GGUGGGAGGGGUGUAACUGUGCUGGUGCUUCACAACUUGUACUGUACAGCGCACUCUGUUUUCCCUAUUCCAAUCAAUGAGUAUUGUUAUUGUUGGACUUGUAUCUGAUUGCCAGACAACUGAAACACGUCUAUUCAACUUUGUUACAUAAAGGUGCCAUGCCGUUGGGGGUCCGUGGAUGAGCCCCCCUUUCAGGAAGCAUGGCGUCGCCAGGAGACAGAGAUGCACUGGUGGAGAGGGGAUACAUCCCCCUGGACAUUGACAAUGUCCACAUGCUUCUGCAGGUGGAGCAAGAGCAAAUUCAGAAGAGAACCUUCACCAACUGGAUCAAUGCUCAGCUCUCAAAGAGGAUUCCCCCGUGCAUGGUGUUGGACCUGUUCAAUGAUUUCCGGGACGGGUCCAAGCUGCUGGACCUGCUGGAGGUGAUGAGUGGCCAGCGGAUGAGUCGGGAGAGAGGCAGAGGCAUCUUUCAGCACAGGAGCAACAUUGAAACAGCCCUGUCCUUCUUGAAGAAGAAAUCGAUCAAACUGGUCAACAUUAACAUUCCCGACAUCAUCGACGGCAAACCAUCCAUCAUCCUAGGCUUGAUCUGGACAAUCAUUAUGCAGUAUCAUAUUGAGGAGCUGGCCAGCAGCCUGUCGUUCAGCUCCCGUCAGUCCUCUCUGGAGUCACUGGCCAGCCUGGACUCUCGCUCCACCCUGUCGGCCCGCUCUACUAGCAAUAGCCCCGUGCCCCCCAGGGGCUCCCCCCUACACCAGCGUUUCCGCGUCUCUGCCAAGAAAGCUCUGCUGCUCUGGGUCAGGGAACAGUGCCACAAGGCUGGCUGUACUCUGAAUGUGAAGGACUUCAAGGCCAGUUGGCGGAGCGGUGUGCUCUUCUUGUCCGUCCUGUAUGCCCUGAGACCUGACCUGGUGGACCUGUCCAAGGCCAGAACCAGAACUAACCGGCAGAACCUGGAGGAGGCCUUCCGCACUGCCGAGCACGAGCUGCGCAUCCCCAGACUACUGGAGCCCGAUGAUGUCGAUGUGAGAGACCCAGAUGAGAAGUCCAUCAUGACCUACGUGUCCCAGUUCCUCCAGUACUCCAGAGACAUGCCUGUGACAGAGGAUGACAUGCAGACCACAACCAAUCAGAAGACCCAGGAAGUGACCUGCUGGCUGUUGCAGGCCUAUCAGGAGUUACUGGAAGGCUGGGACUCCACAGAAGGCGAGAGCUAUGCAGAGAGAUACCAUGUGUUCCAAACCUUUGUGGUGUCCUUUAACGAGCAGCGUCGCCCCGUGAUGCCUCUCCUGACAGCCAUGAAGCGCACCCCCCAGCUGAGUGAGGAACAGAGGAACCUCAGGGGGGCUUGGGACGCCCUCGCCGAGAAGCUGCGUGAGUAUAAGACAGAGCUGGACCUUAGUCUGCCUGCUUCCCUGGACAUGGUGGGCCGCUGGCUGCUUAGGGCUGAGGGGGCGCUGGCUGAGGAGGAGGGGGACCCUCAGGACCACGCCCGCGCCGCCGAGGAGGCCAGGGAGAAACUGGAUCUGCUCAAGAUAUCCCUGGACGAGAUGCCCCAACAACUUAAGAACUUUCAGAAGUUCCAGAAUAUGGAUGAAUAUGGAGCCAUCCUGGUGCCUACUGACAAACUGGAAGAGAUGAAGAGAAGGUUCACCAGUGUAAGAGUCACUGCCAAGUACCAUGGGAUCAAACUGGAGUACCAGGAGCAUCGGCACACAGUGCUGGACCUGCUGGGCCAGAUCAGCAGCAAGCUCCGUGUCUGGAAGAGACCCUACAUAUCCCAGGAGGCUGUGCGUGUGCUGCUGCAGGACUGGCAUGAGUUAGUGGUUAAACAGGACCUACCAUCCUUGCUGGAGGGGGCUCUCCUUAAAUUGAAGCUUGUUGCAAGCAAAUAUACUAGCAAAUCUGCCCUAGCUGCAGACUCCAAAUACAUAAUGUGCCAAGUGAAGGAGUUGGAGGAGGAGGGUGCUGUGGCUCUGGAGGGAGUGUCUACGGUGAAGAGCACUAUGGGCCGUGUGCUGUCUGCCUGGGACUCCUACUGUGACUGUUACAGCUCCCUGCAGGCUUGGCUGGAGCAGGCCUCAGCCUCCCACACGCUCGCACAGAGGCCAGAGGUAACAUCUGAGAGUAUGUCAGAGUGGAGUUCCCGCCAGGCCCAUCUGAAUGAGGUAGGGAACUUCCUGGUCCAUCUGACUGACCCCAUGACCAGCCGAGCUCUGGCAGAUGACCUCUGCAAGCUCAACCUGCAUUGGGCGGACUUUAUCAAGAUAACACAAUUUGCUGUUGUAGCUGUGCCCAGCGGAGCUGCAGCCAGACCCCAAGACCUCCAGGCCCUCUUCAGAGAGGCCACCCAGAUCCUGAAGGAACCUGUAGAGGCCAUGUCUGGGCCCCUGAGGACCUACACGAAGAAACUACAGUUCAUGAUGAGGAAGAUAAAGGAAGUGGAUAUGGAUGCCCUCUCCCCCUCCACAGAAUGCUCAGCUGAGACUCUACAGAAACUGAAGCUGGCUUUACCUGAGGUGAUGCAGACGCUGGUUGAGGCUGAGCAGGUGUGUGUGGAGCUGCAGCACAGUGUGUCUGGUCUGGACUGCCGCCUGGCAGAGCUCCUGCACUGGGAGACAGAGGCCCGGGACCUCUACCAGAUCCUGAAGGCAGGAGAACGCAGGGCUUCACGGUGCCAGGACCCCCGCGCCAGGGUGCUGAUCUCUCGUGGGCUGCAGCUGGAGGGUCAGGUGGUGACUGAGGAGCAGGAUCUGCAGGUGAUGGUGAUGACAGGACAGAAGAACUCUCCCCUCCAGUACCUCCUUGUCUCCGCCAUGCAGGACAGAGUCAGAGCUGCCGUGGCUCAGUCACAGGAGGCGGUUGGGAUGCUGAGCUCUCUGGGAGCCAGAAGAGACAGAAGCCAAAGCCCCACAGAAGACCAGCCCCCACCCAAGAUCUUCAUCCAGCCUGAAGAGGGGACUCAACCCAAACAGCCUCAAUCACUCUCUCUCGCCAGGCAUGCAACUCAGGCCUUUGCUCAAUUAGCAUCUCAGCCUGAUAUGAAACCACAGCCCCAGUCCCAGCCUUCCCCUACUAAACCACAAGCUCAGGUCCAACACCCACCAAUACCACAGAUUAUAGUCCAGGAAUACAGAGAGAAGAAGGCAAGUCCCAGUCCUCCACUCCUGUAUUCCUAUGCACAAGCUGUGACUCAGUCAAAGGGCCGAGCACAGUCACCUCCAGAGCCACAGGUUGCUGCCCAGAGCAAAAAACACUCUCCACCCCUAACCCAGAAACAACCACUAGUGCAGCAACAGCCACCAUCUCAACAACAGCAUCCAACUCAGCAACAAGUACUCUCUCAGCAACAAGUACUCUCUCAGCAACAAGUACUCUCUCAGCAACAAGUACUCUCUCAGCAACAAGUACUCUCUCAACAACAAGUACUCUCUCAGCAAGUACUAUUUCAACAACAGGUUCUAUCUCAACAACAAAUAUCUGCUCAGCAGCAGGUUCAAAGCCAGAAACAGGCCCAACAAUCAGCACAAGCCCAGAAACAGACUCCAUCUCAGCAACCGGAAAAGACACAGAAACAGCCUCUAACCAAGGAAGAGAUGCUGAGCUGGAAGAAGCAACCUCAGGCCAUGAAGAACCGACCCUGGCUCCAGAAGAAGGUCAAGGAUCAGGAUCAGGCUUCAGCCCAGGCUCCAUCCCAAGCUCCAGCCCAGGCUCCAUCCCAAGCUCCAGCCCAGGCUCCAUCCCAAGCUCCUGCCCAGGCUUCUAAUCAAACACAGGCUCAACAACAGCCAGAGAAACCAAUCAUGUCUCAAGUCCCUGUCCAGGUAGUUCCACAGCCUGCAGGAACACCCAGGCCCCAGCCUCAGGCACAAGCCAGGACUAUGUUUCCUUCUCAAUCACAGGCCAUGUCUAGUGCUCAGGCUCUACCCCAAGUAGGGCCACAGCAAGUCCCCCAGGCAUAUCUUUAUGGCCAGCCUCCUGCCCAAUCUCUGACCCAACCCCAAGCAAAGACCAAGAGCCACACUCAACCUAAACCAACGGCCCAAGCCAAACAGCAACCCAAGACUAUUAUCCAUGCUCCAUCCCAAACCAUGACUCACACUGAACCCCAGCCCAUAACUCAAUCUCAACCUGUGACCUACUCACAAUCACAACCUGUGACCUACUCACAAUCACAGAUGCAGGCCAUGUCUCAAUCCCGGAUGACUCAAGAGAAACCCCAGCCACAGGUCCAGAAACCUCAGCCACAGGUCCAGAAACCACAGCCACAGGUUCAUCAACUGAUGCAUCCACAGUCUCAAGCUCAGGCCCAACCACAUCCCCAAGCAUGGGCCCCAGUCAGGCUGCCACAAACACUCACUGAGACGCACCGGCUGGGCCUGCAUCCACAGGCCCAGUCUCACCCCCAGGCUCACCCACAACUCCAGGCCCAGCCUCACCCUCAAGUUCAGCCUCACCCUCAAGUUCAGCCUCAACUCCAGGCCCAGCCUCACCCUCAAGUUCAGCCUCAUCAUCAAGUUCAGCCUCAACCCCGGGCCCAUCCUCAACCUCAUGUUCAGCCUCACCCCCAGGCACAACCUCACCCUCAUGUCCAGCCUCACCCCCAGGCUCAGCCUUAUCCUCAAGUCCAGCCCGAGGCCCAGUCUCAUCCUCAAGUCCAGUCGCAUCCUCAGGCUCAGCCUCACCUUCAAGUUCAUCCUCAUCCCCAGGCCCAGCCUCAAUCUCAUAUCCAGCCUCAAUCUCAUGUCCAGCCUCAACCUCAGGCCCAGCUUCACCUACAGGCCCAGCUUCACCCCCAGGCCCAGCCUUAUCCUCAAGCUCAGUCUCACCCCCAGGUCCAACUUCAUCCUCAUCCUUAUUCCCCUGCUCAGGCUCAACCCCAACAAUGGGCCCCAGUCAGACCCUUCAGCCCAAUUUACCCUCAGCCAAAGGGUCAUCCCCAGGUAACCCCAGUCAGACCUGAACCACGGCCACAAGCCUAUCCUCAGCCCAUCAUGGUCCAACGUCACCCUCUUCCUCAGGCUUGCCCACUAAGUCAAGCUCCACCGCAGCAAUGGGCCCCAAUCAGGCCAGAGCAAGCCCCCCAGGCAUAUCUUUAUGGCCAGCCUUAUGGCCAACCUCAAGCCCAAAUACAGCCCCAAAGCCAUGUUCAACAGCAGCCUCAGGUGAGAGCUUACAACCUUACCAAUGUUAAGGCCCAGCAAGGCCAGUUCCAACAGCAGCUAUGGGCCCAGCCCCAUCCCCAGCCUCAAAUUCAACCCCAGCCAUAUUUCCAGCCUCAGCCACCUCCCCAGACCCAAAUUCAACCCGCAACCCAUUUGCAGCCUCAGCCCCACUCUCAACCUCAUUCUCAGCCCCAGAUCCAGCCCAAGCUUCAGCCUCAACCCCCCCCUCAGCCACAGCCUGAGCCCCAGAUCCAGAUGGAGCCCAAGCCCCAGACCCAUAUCCAGCCUCAACCCCACUCACAGCCCCAGACCAAGCCUCAGACUCAGCCCCAGCCCAUGAUCCAGCCCAUGCCCCAGCCCCAACCAGAGCCACCACCCCAGCCCAGUAUCCAGCCCCAGACCAAACAUCAGCCACCUCCCCAGCCCAAUAUCCAGCCUCUUCCCCAGGUCAAGCUUCAGCUCCAGCCUAAGACCCAGCCCCAGGUCCUUUUCGAGCCUCAUCUCCUUCCCCAGUCACCACCAGAUUCCCCAGAGCUCCAGAUGAAACCCCCAGCUCUGGCCCAGGCCCCACCCCAGGCUUACACCGAGGCCUAUGCCAAAGCUCAGGCCCUGGCCAGGAACCAGUUUGAGGAGGCCAAGCACUGCCUGCAGGAGCACAUCCUGGCUGCCAUUAAUGUCUUCAAAGACAAACACAUAUCUAUCGAACAAGUUUCAGUUAAGGAGGAGACCCUGAGGACCCUGGACCCUGAGCUGUUGAAAGUGUUCCUGAGGGCAGCAGAGGGUAUGGAGGCCUUCUGCACCAUGCCUCAGCUCAGAGAUAUGGAGUUCUUCACACAGUCUGUCAGGACCCAAUGGGAGGCUGUGAGAGCUGAGACAGCGGCGUUUUUGCAGCAUUUACGAUUUGAAAUUAGGAGAAAAUACUUUAACACAGCUGCCUUGCAGUGUGAGAUGCACUUUAACUCAAAAUUAGCAUCCAAAGCAAAGGCGUGUUUCUCUGCAGAGGGCAGCCUAGCCCAGGCUGGGCAGCACCUGGAGGCCCUGAAGGAGCUGUGUGACACCCUGAGCCCCGAGGAUGCCCACCGUCUGGCCCAGGCUCAGCUCAGGGAGUGUGAGAAAAGACUGGCCGCCAUCCAGCGUCAGUUCAGUGGGGACAGGGAUACACCGCCCCCCGACACACCUGGAAUUCCUCUUGACCUGGGGAAAGAUCUGACCCCACAGAGGGAAUCUACAGUGCAGAGUGACAAACCUCCAGGCCCAACUGAGGUUUCACAAGUUGUUGUGAAGACAGUGGUUGUUGAGAAGAGGGUGAUUGACGAGAAGGAGAUUUACAAGCAGGCAGUCAGAGACGAGGAUCCUGCCAAAAAGGAGGCAUUAGAAAGAUAUGAAAUUACUAAGAAGACUGUUCAGGCUCAACUAGCCAAGAUCGAGCAGAAUUCCCAGAGAGACCUGGCCGCUGACUCAGUCUCUCUCAAAGACCUGCACACACGUCUACAGGAGAUACAGACAUUGUGCCAGGACACAGAGUCUCUGUGGCCUGAGUUUGGCCACCAGUGUUCUCAAAGCUCCCAGUACAGUGGGGAGAGGGGUGAUGGUGGUGUGAGUGUGGAGCACGACCAAGCUGAGCUGAUGAAGCAGUGGAGAGGCCAGCAGUCAGCUCUGCAUAGGAGAGGCAGCUCUCUGGGGGCAGCUCUGAGACAGAUAGACUCCACAGAGCACCACGUUGUUGACUUCUCCGAACGCCUCGACUGCUUCAUCAGAGAGCCCAAAGACAUCAACGCAUUUACACUGGCCAACACCAACAUCCUGACGGACAUCAAGGACCUGGAUGAGAGCAUUCAGAGAGAGCUGGAUCAGCUGUCUAGUUUUGACUCUGAUUCCAUUGAGCUGGAUCCCAGUGAUCGCUCUCCUUUGACCCGUGUGGUCAAGACCCACAGAACCAGUCUAGACAAGCUGAGACAGCAAGUCCGUAAGAGCGAGGCGGCCGCCAGGGCCCUGGACCGCUUCCUCAUGUCCCUGCGCACCGUAGAGCAGGACAUCUCUGGAGUACAGGGUGCACCCUGCAGUGAUGCGUGGGUAUUGCAGGACUGCCGCUCCAAGCUGGCCCUGAUCAGGCAGAGUGUGGACAGUCUGGGGGACAAGGCCCCCCAGCUAGACUUGCUACUCCAGGGGGCCAGGCUGUCUGUGACUCGGGACGGUGCCCCAGCCUCCUGCCUGGACAUGGUGUCUGCCUUGGUGCUGCGUCUUGAGGAGGCUGACUGCGGUCUGGUCAGCCAGCAGCACAGUGUCCAGAGGGAGCAGGAGAUGAAGGGCCUGGGCCUGAGGAGGAGGACUCUGCUGGCGGAGCUGAGGAAGGUGCAGGAGGCAGCAGAGAGGCACGGACUAAAGGAGCCAACCAUGCCUGCUGUGCAGCAGAGGCUGCGUGUCCUGUCUGACCUGGAGGGCCAACUGAACUCCCAGCACUCUGAGCUCCAGAGACUCCGGGAGGCCCACUCUCAGGGCCAGGAGGGAGAAGGCAAUCCCCUGGAGGAGCUGAAGACCCAGUGGGAGGACACCCAGAGAGCUGUGGCUGACAGACAGGAACAGUGCAACAUCCUGUUGGAACUACUAAAGAUGUUCCAGAGCUGUCGCAGUUACUUAAGCACCACCAUGCAGAAGGCGGAGCAGACCAUCAGUGAGCAGGCCUCCUACAUGGGCAAGGAGAACCUGCAGAGGCUUAUAGCUAAGGUCCAUUGUAUAAAGCAGGAUCUGAGUGGCUUGGGGACAGGCAUGGAGGAUAUCAGGGGGGUGUGCAGACAGCUGCAGUCCCAUCUGAAGAAGAUCCCUGACUGUAAUGAGACUCCAUUUGAGGGCGAGGCUGAUGGACUGGUGGACCAGUGGCUGGAUGUGACAGAGAAGACAGACUCAUGCUUAGAUAACCUGCGCAUGGGGCUGGAGCUGUGGGACAAGCAGCUGAUGUUAGGGGGAGAGGUGGACGGCUGGGCGGGGGCCAAACUUGCCCUGUUUGCAGAGAGCCACCCCUUCCAGAACGAACAGGAGGUCCUGACCAUAAGGGAUGAGAUCCAUGCCCAUGAGGAGAACAUUGAGCGUUUCCACAAGAAGUCCAUUGAGAUCCAGGAGCUUCUUCAAACCCAAGAGGCCCCAUUGGAGCUACAGGUGAUGGAGACCCAGCUGAGGAAGAAGAUGGAUCAGGUGGACGAGCUAUUCUCCGACAGCACUGAUGUCUUCCAGGAGCUGAUCGCUGUAAAGAGACACCUGGCAGAGAAGAUGACAGAGUGCCAGUCUUCCCUGCACAACAUCCAGUCCUCUCUGGGCACGCUCAGUAUGCCAGGAGACCAGGCCCAGAUGCAGGAUCUGUGUGAGCAGCUACAGGACCAGGAGGAGCAGGCAGGGUCAGUGCUGAAGGAGGUGGCUCUCAUGUCCAGUGUGGCCAGCCCCCAGGUGCUACAGACCCUGUCUAUAGACUGCACCAGGCUCAGAGAGAACAUCUCACACACCAAAUACAUGAUCCACCAGAAACGGGAGGAGGGAGAAAAGGGCCUCAUCAAGGUCAUCAAAAAUGAGAGCCAUUUGUUUGAAGAGUGGUUCCAGGACCUGCAGUUGUCUGUGAACGAGUGCUUUGAGAACCCAGUGUGUAAACAGGACGUGGAAGCCUCCAUGAAAAGACUGGCUUGUUUCCUGGCGUCUAAGGAUGGUGAGAUGCGUCUGGGUCAGGUGAGAGAGCACCUGGAGAGAGGCAGAGAGCAGGUUCCGCCAGAGCAGCUGGCCCACCUGAAAAGCUGGCUGGGGGAGCAGGAGAAGGAGCUGGCCACAUUCAGAACCCACUGUCAGGGCAGACAGAGCCAGCUGGACACUGUCCUCAGAACCCUCAACAGUCUACAGCAGGAACAUGAGUGUUUCCAUGACUGGCUUCAGGCCUGGGAACACAAGUCAGUGGAAGGAGAACAAGUCAACAACUUUCUCAAAGACCUCCACAAAGAAAGUGAGAGAGUGGAGGCCCUCAGUGAGCUGUGUUCAUCGGUGCGGAGGCAGGGUCUGAGAGGGGACAGCCUGCUGACUGACACUGACGACCUCCUUCAGCGCUACCGGUGCCUGGAGGCCAGACUGCAGCAGCAGGCCGAGACCCAGAGAGUCCUGGAGGAGACCAGUAGGAGGUUUGAUACCCAGACUGACAGCACCAGGACCUGGGUUAGAGACCAGCAACAACGACAGCAUCACCAGAUCCAGAAAGAGGAGAGAAUCCACACAGCACAGGCCAUUCUCAGUUCGAGACCUGAGGGAGAAUCUAAGCUGCAGGACUUGAGGAGAAAAUGUCAAAGUCUGUGUGAACAUCAGGACCUGGAGGAGAGCAGGAGACGAGAGGUUCAGCAGACAGUCAGAGACAUGGAGGAGGAGUGGAGGAGAGUCCUGCAGACUGCUGAGGAGACUCUUACCAAAGCUGAGAUGCAGAGUGCUAUCGAAGGCCAGCUGAGAGUUUUUGACUCCCAGACAGAAAGUACCAGGACCUGGGUCAGAGACCAGCAGCAGCAACUCCACUCUCUGGGCAACCAGGCCAAGACUGAGGACCAAAGACACACAGCACAGACCAUCCUGAGCUGCAGACCUGAGGGAGACUCUAAGCUGCAGGACUUGAGGAGACGAGGUCAAAGUCUGUGUGAACAUCAGGGCCUGGAGGAGAGCAGGAGACGAGAGGUUCAGCAGACAGUCAGAGACAUGGAGGAGGAGUGGAGGAGAGUCCUGCAGACUGCUGAGGAGACUCUUACCAAAGCUGAGAUGCAGAGUGCUAUCGAAGGCCAGCUGAGAGACUUGGAAACCCAGAAGGAGAACUCCAGGGCCUGGAUCAAAGGCCAACAUCAACGCUUACUUUCUUUGGGCAGCCAGGCCAAGACAGAGAACAGAAUACAAACUGCACAGGCCGUCCUGAGUUCCAGACCUGAGGGAGACUCUAAGCUGCAGGACUUGAGGAGACGAGGUCAAAGUCUGUGUGAACAUCAGGACCUGGAGGAGAGCAGGAGACGAGAGGUUCAGCAGACAGUCAGAGACAUGGAGGAGGAGUGGAAGAGAGUCCUGCAGACUGCUGAGGAGACUCUUACCAAAGCUGAGAUGCAGAGUGCUAUCGAAGGCCAGCUGAGAGUGUUUGACUCCCAGACAGAAAGUACCAGGACCUGGGUCAGAGACCAGCAGCAGCAACUCCACUCUCUGGGCAACCAGGCCAAGACUGAGGACCAAAGAAACACAGCACAGACCAUCCUGAGCUGCAGACCUGAGGGAGACUCUAAGCUGCAGGACUUGAGGAGACGAGGUCAAAGUCUGUGUGAACAUCAGGGCCUGGAGGAGGGCAGGAGACGAGAGGUUCAGCAGACAGUCAGAGACAUGGAGGAGGAGUGGAGAAGAGUCCUGCAGACUGCUGAGGAGAUUCUUACCAAAGCUGAGAUGCAGAGUGCUAUCGAAGGCCAGCUGAGAGACUUGGAAACCCAGAAGGAGAACUCCAGGGCCUGGAUCAAAGGCCAACAUCAACGCUUACUUUCUUUGGGCAGCCAGGCCAAGACAGAGAACAGAAUACAAACUGCACAGGCCAUCCUGAGUUCCAGACCUGAGGGAGACUCUAAGCUGCAGGACUUGAGGAGACAAGGUCAAAGUCUGUGUGAACAUCAGGACCUGGAGGAGAGCAGGAGACGUGAAGUUCAGCAGACAGUCAGAGACAUGGAAGAGGAGUGGAGGAGAGUCCUACAGGCUGCAAAAGAGGCGCUGGAUCGGGCUGAGGUACUAGAAAAAGAGCUGAGAGCUUUUGAAACCUGGAAGGAAGGCACUUGGGUCUGGGUGAAAGACCAGAAACAACAGCUACACUUUCAGAGCAGCCAGACCAAGACUGAGGAGAGACUACAUACCGCACAGGCUGUCCUGAGUUCCAGAUCUGAGGGAGACUCUAAGCUGCAGGACUUGAGGAGACAAGGUCAAAGUCUGUGUGAACAUCAGGACCUGGAGGAGAGCAGGAGACGAGAGGUUCAGCAGACAGUCAGAGACAUGGAGGAGGAGUGGAGGAGAGUCCUGCAGACUGCUGAGGAGACUCUUACCAAAGCUGAGAUGCAGAGUGCUAUCGAAGGCCAUCUGAGAGACUUGGAAACCCAGAAGGAGAACUCCAGGGCCUGGAUCAAAGGCCAACAUCAACGCUUACUUUCUUUGGGCAGCCAGGCCAAGACAGAGAACAGAAUACAAACUGCACAGGCCGUCCUGAGUUCCAGACCUGAGGGAGACUCAAAGCUGCAGGACUUGAGGAGACGAGGUCAAAGUCUGUGUGAACAUCAGGACCUGGAGGAGAGCAGGAGACGAGAGGUUCAGCAGACAGUCAGAGACAUGGAGGCGGAGUGGGGAGAAGUUCUUAAGGCUGCAAAGGAGGUGGUGGAUAAGGCAGAGGCUCAGAGUGUCAUAGAGAGGGAAAUGAUUGAAUAUGUUACCCAGAAGGGAAGCAUUCAGGCCUGGGUCAGAGACCACAAACAACGCCUACACUCUCUGGGCAGCCAGAGCCAGACUGAUGACAGAAUAAACGUAGCACAGGCUGCCCUGAGUUCCAGAUCUGAGGGAGACUCUAAGCUGCAGGACUUGAGGAGACGAGGUCAAAGUCUGUGUGAACAUCAGGGCCUGGAGGAGAGCAGGAGACGAGAGGUUCAGCAGACAGUCAGAGACAUGGAGGAGGAGUGGAGGAGAGUCCUGCAGACUGCUGAGGAGGCUCUGCGUCAGGCCCAGGUGUGGUAUUCUCUCUCCAGGCAGCUAGAGGCCUUCCAGUCCCUGGAGGAGAACAGCAGAGCCUGGAUCCAACUGCAGCAGCAGAACACACACUCCCUGGGAACAGGCACCCGGGGCAGCAAGGAAGAGAUCCAGGACAGGCUGCAGAGAGCAACGGCUGUCCUGAGUUCCAGACCUGAGGGAGACUCUAAGCUGCAGGACUUGAGGAGACAAUGUCAGAGUCUGUGUGAAAGCCAGGACCUGGAGGAGAGCAGGAGACGAGAGGUUCAGCAGACAGUCAGAGACUUGGAGGAGGAGUGGGGAGAAGUUGUACACAAUGCUGAGGUGGUGCACAGACUGUUGCAAGGUGUGGUGGAACGCCUGGUGACCUGUCAGUACCAGAAGUGUCAAGCCCAGUCCUGUCUGGCUGAGGUCCAGCACCAGACAGCAGAGCUGCCCCGUCACUUCCCCUGGCCUGGGCUGGGAGACCGGGGGCAGGCUGUGGAGACGGCCAGGACCCUGCUGGAUAAAACCAGGAACCUGGCCCCAGCCCUGUCUGUCCUCCACACCCAGGGCAAGGAAAUGUUCCAGCUUACCCAGGACCCCAGCUGGACAGACCUCUUCUGGGCCACCAUGGAGGAAUGCAUCCCUGCCCUUCUCCAAGAACUGACGGAGGCCUGUGUGAGGAUGGAGGAGGGCAUCCACAUGGAGAGGCACUGUGCCCAGCUAGUGGAGCAGCAUGGGGCAGCCCAGGACUGGCUGAGGGAGCAUGUGAAGGGUCUGGGCCCCCAGCCCACAGACAGACAGGCUCUACACAGCUACGCCAACACCCUGAAGGCCCUGCUCCAGACUGUCGACAGGGAGGAGAGGGAGAUGAGGGAGCUGGACACAAUCCGAGACACCCUGCUGAGCCACUGCACCCCUGCCGGUCGUGACACCCUGACCCUGGAGGUCAGCCACCUCCACGACCUCCUCACUUCUUCUGAGAGGGAGAUGACGGAAAGGCUGGCAGGCUGCGAGGCCCAGCUGAAGGAGUUGGAUGCGAAGAUGGCCAAGAAGGCCCAGGGCCUGAGGGAGAGGGCCAAAGCCCUGCAGUGGGAGCUCCGUUCUCUGGACCAGGCCCUGAGCUACAGCGAGCCACACCCCAACAUAGCCCAGCUCCAGCAGCACUGGCACAGCCUCAAGAACUGCGAGAGGUCAUUGGAGGGGUUAGGGCUUAAAGUUCAUGACAUGCGUCAGGCUGCCAGAUCUGCAUCCACAGAGGAGGACCUUCCCGCUGAAGUCAUCUCCAUAAUGGACUUACUGAGCCAGCAGCACGACAGUCUGAAGACCAGGUUGGGUGAGAGGCAGAGCUGCUGCACUGAGAACACAGCUCGCUGCCUCACAGCCUCUGUUCAGCUUCUGCAGCAGUGGACCCACUCCUCACCCACACGGACAACCACCUCCAUCCAGGCUGCAUUAGAGGAGGGUGUGCAGUUCCAAAAGGCCCUGAAGGAGGUGCUGUCUCACAGACAGUUCCUGGUGGACUGCCUGAAGCCUGACCAAGCAGACAGACUGGAGAAAGACACUACUGCAACACUCAGGGAUGCAGACACACACAGCACCUUUCUCACCAAGACUCUGAAAGAUGUAGCUGAGAAGAGUAAACAGAAAAUAGAUGUGACUCAGCCCGUUGCUGUCACCUCCGUCCAGACCGAAGACAAACCAGCCGCACCACCUAGGAGGACAGCCAAGACCAAGCAGACUCCCACCCAGGAGAGUCAGCAAGCUACACCACAGUUGCUUCUCCAUAUCACAGAGAAAAAUAUACCACAGCCACUCCCCCCUGUCACAGAGAAAAUCAUACCACAGCCACUCCCCCUGUCACAGAGAAAACAUGCCACAGCCACUCCCCCUGUCACAGAGAAAACAUACCACAGCCACUCCCCCUGUCACAGAGAAAACAUACCACAGCCACUCCCCCUGUCACAGAGAAAAUCAUACCAGUCAAACAAGAGACUUCAGCUGUCACUGCCAUGGCGCAUACUGAAGCCCCAAGUUCAGGGUCUGUCAACACAAGAACUAGCAAAGGAGAAUAUAACUGCUCUCACACAGGUGCCAAAAGCUGCAGUAGAGCCUAAACAGAGCACGAUAGUGACCACUCAAUCGGUUGAAACCGACAUAACUUCCACCACCAUCCAAAUACAAGACACCAAGAGUCGAUCGUCUGAGAACCUGAUGACAGAGAGAACUGCAGUCAAGGAGCAUGGUGAUACUCAUGUUACAAGAGUAGAGACUACAACUGUGAAGACGGUUAGUCAGGCAACUGACCAGAUAGACCAGGGCCUUGAUCAGGAGACAUCUUUGACAGAUGCCCUACGCUCACAGCAUGCUUACAUUGACUCUGAAAAACAACGUAGUCAUGACGACACACAAGUAAAACAAUCUCAGGUAAAACAAGCUCACGUCCCUGACACAAAAAGCCAAGUGUGUUAUGAUGUCGACACACCGCAGCCACUAGAGAAGAAAUUGUCCUCUGUCAUUCUGGACACUGACACUGAGAAUGUGCAGACACCAGAGAUGUGGCCACUGAUGAGCAGUGACACCGCACUUAUCAUAUCCUCCGGAGCAGUAGUGCUUGAUACUGACAAAAUGGACUCGGACACUCAGUCCACCAGUCACAGUCCACAGCAGACAGAAUCACAGGACUCCACUGUAAGGCCCAGUGAACACCCUGAGAAUAGGCUUCCUCAGUCCCAGCCGGACAGAGCUGUGGAGAACAAGGUCAAGUAUGACACUGAGGAGUUAUGGAAGGACAGCAAGACUGAGACUGAACAACCAGACCUUAUACUGGACUUGCCUGAUGUGGCUCAGCCCACUGCUGUUGCCUCUUUCCAGACUGGAGUCAAAGCACCACCCCCGUCCACACCACCUCGUAACAAGAGAAAAGCCAAGAGCCAGCAGGCCCAGCCCUCUAACACACAGCCUGCUGUGGAGAACAGGGUCAAGUAUAACACUGAGGAGUUAUGGAAGGACAGCAAGACUGAGACUGAACAACGAUACAUUGUACUGGACCUGCCCACAGUGAGCGAUGUGGCUGUACCUCCUGCUGUCACCUCAACCCAGACAGAGGACAAAGCAAAGGCACCAUCCACACCACCUCGUAACAAGAGAAAAGCCAAGAGCCAGCAGGCCCAGCCCUCUGACACACAGCCCAACACAGCUGUGGAGGACAGUGUCAAUUAUAACACUGAGGAAUUAUGGAAGGACAGUAAGACUGAACAACGAUACAUUGUACUGGACCUGCCCACAGUGAGUGAUGUCCAGAAAGAGCCUGUUGCUACUGCUGUCACUUCAAUCCAGACAGAAGACAAUGCUAAAGCACCAUCCACAUCGCCUCGUACCAAGGAGACAGCCAAGAGCCAGCAGGCCCAGCCCUCUAACACACAGCCUGCUGUGGAGAACAAAGACAAGUAUAACACUGAGGAGUUAUGGAAGGACAGCAAGGAUGACACUGAACAACGAUACAUUGUACUGGACCUGCCCACAGUGAGCGAUGUGGCUGUACCUCCUGCUGUCACCUCAACCCAGACAGAGGACAAAGCAAAGGCACCAUCCACACCACCUCGCACUAAGAAGACAGCCAAGAGCCAGCAGGCUACAACCCAGGCCCUUCUACCCCAGGCCUCUAACAUACAGCCUGACACAGCUGUGGAGAACAGGGUCAAGUAUAACACUGAGGAAUUAUGGAAGGACAGCAAAACUGAGACUGAACAACGGUACAUUGUACCGGACCUGCCCACAGUGAGUGAUGUCCAGAAAGAGCCUGUUGGGAAAGAGGACAAACCAAAAGCACCAACUCCACCAGCACCUUCCGUAUCACCCCUGACCUCUGAGAUAAGUAAACAGAAGGCUGAUGUGGCUGUACCUCUUGCUGUCACCUCUAUCCAGACACAAGUCGAACCAAAAGCACCAGUACCAUCCACACUGCCCCGGACCAAGAAGACAGCCAAGAGCCAACAGUCUCCCACCCAGGACAGUCAGCAAGCUAAGCCACUGUCACACACCCCUGUCAAAGAGAAAACCAUACCAGUCAAACAAGAAGCUUCAGCUGUGACUAAACCGGAGAGCAAGGUAAUCGGUUCUGAUCAACCCAGUCAAACAAAGACACACGUCACUAAGACAGUGCAGUCAGAGAAAGCAGAGACAGUGUGGACUGAAAUUGACAUAUCUCAGGCAGAGGUUAGCAAAGCAUGCCUACCACAGACUCAACCAGAACCCUCCAAAGCAACGAGUGACAGAGCUAUUGAGGUUGAGGACAAAGGGACCUGGGAAGAGCAUGCUAAAGAGUGGAAGGGUGAACAUGACCAAUGUGAGGUGCAAGAAAGUCUGACCGAACCAAAGGUGAAGUUGGAAGCUACUGCCCAAACAGACAGAAAACAGUCAGCUAAAAUCGAAAGUGAGAGUCAGUCAGUGAGUGAAAAACAGCCAAAGAGAGAUGCUGCCCAACCAAUCAAACAACAUGGAGCUACAGCUGCAACUGAGAGCACCAGAAAAGAAGACAGGGAGAGCAGCACUAAAGGCCAGCCAGAGCAGCAACCGGUGUGCAGCACAGAGAAGCCAGAAGCUCCUGUUGAGGCAGCAGUCCCUGUUGUAAAGAAGGAGACUCUAACCCCAGAACCUUUUGUGAAAAAAGAGACCCCAGCUGUACCAGAAGGACCCACCAUGCAGGACAUCUUCACUGACAUCCAGCGCCUGUCACAAACUGGACCAAAGAGCAUUCUCAUUGAGAUUAAACCUUGGGAGGACCCCAUGAGGAUUCUGAACACGUCUCUGGCUGACCUGCAGGCUCGUCUGAGCAGGCUGGUGGUCAGGGUACUGGGCUGCAGAAACCGCCCUGCAGACCUCAGCCCGGCAGCCAUGGCUUUGCAGGUGGAGGAGGCCGAGGAAUGCAGACAGGCUGCUCAGACCCAGGUGUCUGUGUUCUCCCAGCCCAGAGAGGCUCAGACUGCAGACCAGGAGGCAUUUGAGCAUAUGGAGAGCCAGUGGGGCGCAGCAGUAUGGGAUGCCUCGGAAGCUGUCCACUGUAAGGAGGCCCAGCUGCAGCUGGUCACUGAGGCGGACAGGCAGACACAGACAGUCAAGGCCACUCUGGAGAAACUGUCUGCAGAGCUGGAGGCCCUCACAACAUCCCCAGUGGAGAGCAGCUCAGCAGAAGCUGAGGAGCUACGUUCCUUUCUGCGGGGUAUGGAGGAGGACAGGACCGUCAUGGGGGAGCUGACCCUCACUCUCACCAAGCUGUCACCCCACCUGAACCAAGCAAAGCGAGCUGCUGCACAGAUCCAGCAGAUAGGCCUGCAGGAAGAGUGGAGGUCACUGGAGAGAGCUUCAGAGAAGACCCUGUACUGUGUCAAUGGCUAUGCCAGGGAAACCAGCAGCCUUCUCGCAGAGAUCUCCUCUCUUCAGGAGCAACUGGAGGUCAUAGGAAAGGCUACAGGCUCACCCCAUUCCACUACAAUCCAGUGGGACAGCAAGAGGGCCCAGGAGCUGAUGAUGGUGAAUGCUGAGCUGACUGCAGCUCAGCAGAAAUACCUCUACCUGCAGCAGAGCUCAGAGGCUCUGGCCCACAGCUCCCUAUAUGAGAAGGAGACGAGGCAGAUAGAACAGGGGCUCCAACAGGUCAAGGAGCAGCUGGAUCAUGUUGGAGAGCAGGUGUCCUCUCAGACCCCCAGCAGUGACAACCCUAUCAUGAAUAAGAUCCACAAGGUAAUGAUGGACGCCUUUGCCUGGGCCAAGCAGAUGGAGAGCGACAUUGAGGGCCGGAGGAGGAAGGUGGCCCUGCUCCCUGAGGGGGUCCAUCGGCAGAUCAAAGACCUGAAGAAGCUGCAGUGGGAGAUGGCGGCCAAGCAGGCCCAGCUGGAGGCCCUGGUGGAGGAGGUGGAGGAGCUGCUCCCAGAGCUGGACCAGGCUGAUGAGGUCCCCAUGGUGCACUCCUCCCUGGUCAGCCUGGAGAGUCUGUCCAGGUCCACCACAGAGAAGCUAGCCAAGGCUGUGAAGGAGAUGGAGUCAGGCUUGCAGACUAGAGAGAAUAUGUCAGAGCAGAUAGCAGACCUGGACUCCUGGGUGGUGGGUCACCUCCAUAGAGAAGCCUCCAGGAGGGGAGAGGGGGAGGGCCAGAGUUCUAAAGACCUGGAUCGCCGAGUCAGACAGAUUCAGGAGACCCUGGUAGAGGCGGAGAAACAGGCUGCUGUGUCCGAGGCUCUUCUCAUGAGGAGCAGAGACAUUGCCUCUGAGCUCAGCAUCACAGAGAACUGCCUCCUCAAUGAGAAACUCACAAACCUCCAGGAGGACAUCAAGAGCAUCAUCAGCUAUGAGAAAGCUAACCAGCAGGAGCUGGAGGAACUCCUUCAGACUCAAGACGCAUCUAGGCAGAAGGUGACCACGGUGGAGAAGAGCCUGAGACAGAUGCUGGUGGACCUAAACAGACACAGGUUCCCGGUCACCAGGGAGACUCUAAGCACCAUUGAGCCGUUUAAACACAUGAUCAUGGAGCACAAGUGCCAGGUGGAUAAGCUGCAGCCCUUCAUCCCUGAGGAGAAGAAACAAGAGCUGCUGUGUGUCAUUUCCCAGUUGCACUGCAAAAUGAGCACGCUGAAUAUGAAGGCCAAAGAACACGAGAGGUACCUAACCUUCAGGCAGUGUGUGGAGGAACUGCGGGAAAAUGUGGAGAAGCAGGUCCUCCAGACCAAGGAGGAGAACAGGGGGAAGGAGGAGAGGUACACGACCGGUCAGGUCAUCCUCACUCAGCUCCCUCUGAUAAAGAGACUGUGUGAGGAGGCUGCCGAUGAGCUGCAGAGUAUCUCCCAGGACCUCUAUCCCUCACAGCUGUCUGCAGAGCGUGGGUGGCUUAAGCAGAACCUGGAGAACUUCCAAACCUGGGAGAUGACUGUGAUCAACAACAUCCAGAUCCUGGAGUGGGGCCUGCUGAAGGAGGUGCACCUCCAGUCGGAGCAGAGAGCUCUGCUGGCCUUCCUAAGGGACAUCCAGCGGGAGCUGCAGCAACCAUGCCAAGUGGAGCCCACCGAGGAAGCCGUCGACAAGGAGCACUGGAGGAUUGUGACCCUGCGGAUGACCGUGGAGUGCAGACUGAGGGUGUUGAAGAUUCUAGAGCGCAAGAAAGGAACUAGGCAGCAGGAUGGAUCCCCGGAGUAUAGUGACCUGAUGGACCUGAAGAAUGCAAUCCUGAAUGAAUGUGACUUACGAAUGGAGAGCGUUUCCCAGGCACGGAAUUCUUUGAGAGACUACACUGGAGCUGUGAGUGGUGCUGUCAGGUUCCUCCAGGAGGCUGAGGCCCUGCUCCAUCCCUCAUUAGCCCCAGUCGGAGGUUGCGUUGAGAGGCUGAGGGACAUCCAGCAGGCCCUGGCCUCCAUGGAGGAGCAGCUCCAUUCCCAUAUAAGCCAGAUCCAGACCCUGGCCCUCCAGCAUGACUACCUGAGCCCCCAGAUGGUGGAGCGUCUACAGAGGGAGGUGCUGAGCCAGCUCCUGGUGCGGAUGUCCACCCUCCAGGCCCAGGCCCAGCUCAAACUGGAGGCCCUGCAGAGGUGUGCUGAGUAUCACAGAAGGUAUAGGAAGUGCCAUGAGGAGAUAUGCCAGUGUGUAAAGAGCGCAGAGACCCAUCUCUCCUACUGUCACUCUCACAAAGUCAGCUCUCUCACAGACUGCACCGACCAGCAAGCUAAGCUAAAGGCUCUGUCUGAGGAGGUGGACUCUGUAACUGGGCUUCUAAAGUGUUUGGGGGAGUGGUGCCCGGAGCAGGGUUGCCGUUGCAGCAGGGAGGGGGCGGUGAGCGCGCUCUGGAGGCAGGUGGCAAGACUGCAGCGUUGCACCCGCAAUCUGAAGACUCACUCAAAUCAGAGGGCAGAUGAAUGGAGUGAUAUUACAAAGAGCGUGGAGCGAGCGUCCAUCAUGCUGGAGCAGGUGGAGGCUGAGCUGCCAAAUGACUCCAGGGAGAAGGUGUGUGGGGAAGAGCUGCAGGUGCUGCUGUUGUACUGGGACCAGUACCAGGACAGGCUAGACUGUGAGCACCGAGCUCUCUCAGCUCUCGAGCUCCGCAUCGCCAGACUGCUGGGCGUCCCCGCCCACCUGGAGCAGGCCCCGCCCAACCCGCUGUGUCAACAGUUGCAGGUCAUGCAGGACCGCUAUGGCAGUCUGAAGGAGAAGAGCAUGCUGGGGCGGUGUGUGGUGCGGACAGAGGUGGAGGAGAGGGACAAGGUGAGGGAGGAGCUGAGUGGGGUGAAGGCGUGGCUGGUGACUGCAGAAGACCUCCUGUCACAGCUGGAGCAGUGUCCCAACACACAUAAGCUACAUGAGGUUCACACCCAGCUGUGUACCCAGACGGCAGUGCUGCAGCGCAUCAUGGACGGUCUGAGGAUGAAGUACUCGGACAUGUACACCCUGGUUCCCGUGGAGAUAGAGGGACCGCUACAGGACGUGACACACUCACUGCAGGAAGUAGAGGAGAAGGUAGGGGAUGUAAUGGAGAAGAGUGGUCCCCUGCACAGACUGGGAGCCAAGGUGUCUGAGAUCAAGGCUGGUCUGGGAUCAGUGCAGGACAAACUGCAGCAGAGAAGCCCCUCUCUUUCGGAGGCAGAAAGCACACAGAAGCGUGUGUGGGACGAGCUGGACAUGUGGCACUCCCGUGUGGCAGCGUUGGAGGUGGAGGUGCAGGAUCUGGAACACGCUGAGGAGGCCCAGGUCCUCACAGAGAGCCUGACGGAGGCCCAGCUGCUCCACUCACACAUGGCCAAGCAGGCAGAGCAGAGGACCGCCUUCCUCAGCAAGAUCAGCACAUGGUUACAGGAGCAUGACGAGAUGAUCAACAGCUCCAACAGUUGGCUAACUGAGGCUCAGUCCUGGCUCACUGCUCCCUGUACCUACACUACAGCCAAAGACUUGGCCAGCUACGUCCACGCACUACAGAUGGUGCUGGAUGACUCGCAGCAGAUCCGCAUCACUCUGCAGGGCUUUGUGUCCGUGCUGAAGGAGAUCUCCCUGGUGUGUGACAUCACAGCGCAGCAGGAGCAGCUGGCCGAGGCUGACCGCCAUGUGGCCGCUGUACAGCAGGGCUUUGUGGCUCCACUCUCCCAGCUAGACCAUGCCGCCGCCGAGGUGGAAGCUAUAGAGACGGAGGUGAAGAUGAUGGAGAAGGACGUCACUGAGAUCAGGACGUUGUUAUCGUCCCCUGACACUCUUCCCAGCCCCAGAGAGGAGAGCCUGAAGGUGUGUGUGGACAGGAUCCAGUCUUUGCGGACGACCAUAGCAGAGAUCCAGAGCUGUAAGCCAGGCCUGUGUCUGCCAGAGAAGGCUGAGGAGACCCUCACUGUCUUUCAGAGAGUGGACCAGCUCCAACAGCAGCUAGAAGAGCUGGAGAAGAUGGUUCCAGGGGAGUUCAUAGUGAAGAAACAGACACUCACUUUACCGCCAGUGAAGGUCCCUGCACCUAGCCCAACUGUACCCACCUCUUCCACAGAGAAUGUUUCUGUGCCCAGCUCAACAUUACCAGCCACUGAGGAAGCAGACGAGAAUGGAGUGGAGCAGGGCCAGAUCCAGAUAGUCCAUGUAGAGGAAGACGCGCUGAAGUCUUCUCCUGAACAGAGACUCAGCUGGGGAACGGAGAAGAGUCGGGACCCUGAGGUUGCAGCAGAAGGGAGCCAUGCUGCAGCUGAGGAAGAAGGGGGAACCACAGCCAUGGAACAGAGUCAGGACACAACUGAACAGGACCUCUCUGUAGUGGGUCUCUCGGUCGCCUCAGGAACAAGUGUGUCCGAAGCUUUAUCAAAACCUGUGGGCACAGUCAGAACACAGUCUCUGUCUGAAAGCAUGGAGCUCAUGGGACAGAGGGGGCUUGCAUGGAGGGGGGAUGACAGCCACCCAGAGGGGCUGAAGACACACAUCAGAGACACACACACACACCCAGGGGGCUCACCUGCUGCACACAUACUCACAGAGGAUGUACAGACACUCACUGAGGUCACAGUGGACACAAGUGUCCCCAAAGACAUCCAGACAGUAACUCCAGUCAUUUUACCAACGAUGAGGCUGUCAAAGGUGGAUAGUAGGCUGGUGUUAUCUGAGGCAGGGCAGGCCUGUCUGGUUCAGCCACUCUCUGAGAAGGCUCUGGUUGUUCCAGAGCAGAGGCUCACAGUGCCCCAGCCAAUGCUCAGAAAGAAAAAAAGCGCACCUCAGACAGGGUUGCUCACGGCACCAUCCCAGCCUAUAGAAAUGGCACUCAAUGUAUCCACUGGACAGACACACACAGCCUCUGAUCUCACACACCAGACACCUGUGCAAGUUGAGGCAUCUACCCCUCUAGCAGCACCUGAGGAGGCACCCACCACCACCACCCUGGGCGUGGUCAGCACACACACUGUCCCCCAGACCACACUCAAACCCACCGAAGAGGACAUGGAGGGUGUGCAUCCAGCAGCAACCCUGGCCCCAGGGGUGUUCCCAGCCCCAGCCUUGACUGGGGCCUGCCCCACUCUGGAGGUGCUUUAUGCCUACAGUGAGCAGGCCACCCAGCUAGAGGUUUGGCUGGAGAGAGCCCAGCACACCCUUGGAGUGCUGGAGCGGGCCGCCACUGCCAGCAUGCAGGACAGUGUGGAGCAGCAGCUCCUCACGUGCCAGGAGAUGUUCCUGGAGAUAGAGCAAAAGGUAGCCAGUCUGUCUGUCCUGGAGCAGCAGGAGGGCUCAGCAGGGUCCCACCAGGAGGCUGAGUUACUCUCCUCCAAACUGGAGCUGCUCAAGACCAGCCUGGUCACCUUCCAGCUGUUGUUGCAGGAGAGACAGAGCCAUGAGCAGAUGCACACCAGCACACAUACAGAGGAGCAGGUGCCAUCACCGUCACCGUCAUCACCCAGAAAGCUUCCUCUAGAGGGCAGACUGCAGCGUAGCGGCAGUGUCCAGGAGAUUCUCUCUUCCUCCAAGAGCAAACUCUUUAGACAGACCAGCUUUCAACAGCAGAAGGAAUUGGAGCAGGAGCUGAGUGAGCAGAGAGGCCUGACCAAGGCUAUCGCCCAGCAGGGGAGUAGAGGUCGUCUCCACAGCCAGGCCCAAAAGGAUCAACCUGAGCCAUCCACACGAGUUCCUGUUGAACCUGAAGGAGGGGGGGAGGCAGGGGUCCAAAGGAAGUGGACACACCUUCACAACCAGCUUCUGGCCUUGGAGCAGACUGCACAGCAAGGUCCUUCUGAUGGGACAGACUCAUCUGUGAGUCAGAGCAAUGGAUCAGCCAGUAGUCUCAUUGACUCCCACAGCAUUCAGGACAUACAGACACACAUAUGUCGGCUGCGGGAGCUGGGCCAGACUGCCAGUGAGGUGGUGACUCAGUCUGUGCCGGAUGAGGAGGUUCAUCAGAGGCUGGAUGAGGGUCUGUUUGAGGUGCUAUGUGGGGUGGGCCUAUCUCUGUCCUCACUGACCCGGCUCCUGCAGUCCCCCUCAGGGAAGUCACAUGAGGACACACAGCUCCAGCUGAUGCAACUCGAGACUCUGGCAGCAGAGCUGGUGACCCUGGGUGGUGAGCUGACCUCCCAGGGGUCAGAGGUAAUUGGUGUUUUGGGGUCAGGUGGAGGUCAUCUGUGUGUGGAUCACCUAGGUAAACUCCUGCCUGUGGUCCAGAGCGGUCUGGCUGCCAGAGAGAAGCAGCUGCAGGCCCAGCUGGAGAAGACAGGCCAUCACCAGACACUCUUAAAAGAGUUGCAUGCAGCCCUUCUUGCUAAUAAGUUGGCCGUACAACAAAUGACUAACGAAGCUGUCCCUCAAGACACUUGCAAGCAGCUACAGGCUGUGGUGCAGGUCCAGGGAGAGCUGCAGCUUCAGUCCAGCCAGGUGUCCUCCCUGCAGGAGAGGGCAGAGAGACAGGGUCUGCCCUCCACACUCAUAGAGGAGGCCUACAAGCUGGAGGUUGUGCUGGAAAGUGUGUUGGGCUCUGUGGGCGCCAGACGUGAGGAGCUGAGGGCCAGUGUGGAUCUCCAGCAGCAGUUUGAGAGGCUGCUACAUGGCCUGGAAGUGCUGGUCACCCUGGGCUCAGAGCGUCUCUCACAGAGGCCUGGUCUGGAGCUCCACACCAGGACUGAGCUACAGGACUGCCUUAGCACACAUUCGAAGUUCUUCCAGUUCCUGGGGAUCCACCUGGGGACCCUGCAGCACCUAUCCACGAGAGUCGCAGAGAGCACCCUCCAGAGGUGGGAGGGAGGGAUGAGGGGCCUCAGGGAGAGGGUGACCCAACUGCAGCAGCAGGCCCUGGAGAGAGGCACCAGGAUGCAGUGGAUAUUACAGAUAUGGACACAGUGGGAGGAGGAAAGUACCAGUCUGGACACCCUGCUUAGGGAUAUGGACGCUGGCCUGUCCAAGAUGCACCUGGAGGAGGACUCAGUGGCACAGAUUUGCGAGAAACUCUCUGUCUAUCAGAAAAUGAGAGCAGUCCUGGAUGAGAGUGGGGCAAAGUUCAGCCGGAUGCAGGAGCAGGGGAGGUGGCUGAAGGAGGCGGGUUGCCAAGGGGUGGGUGUGUUUGGGUGUGGCCUGGAGGCUCGCUGGACCACCUUUCACUUCAGGCUGGAGCAACAACGAAUCAGCACAGAUAGGAACAGGAAACUGUGGAUCAGGUUUUCCCGUGACUUUGUGGCACUGAGCAAGUGGAUUGGUGGGGCCAGAGAACACAUCAACAGUUGGAUCACUUUCACUCUCACAGCCAAUCAGGAGCAAGAGCUGAAACCCAUUCACUCCCACCUGAACCAGUAUAUGGACUUCACCAAAGAGCUGGAGGUUAGGUCGGCUCUGAAGGCCUCAGUGAUCACCACUGGAACACAGCUACUGCAGCUGAGAGAGGCAGAGACGGCGCCAGAGCCCCAGUCUGCUGCGCCAGAGCCUUGCUCUGUACAGACCCAGCUCAGACAGAUAGAGCAGGACUGGGCUGGCAUUCUGUCUGAUAUACCUGCUGUGCAGCAGACUCUGCAUCAGUUGUUGAUGGAGAGGCAGUCCCCACAGGGGGCCUUGACAGAGCUGCUAGCCUGGGUUGGAGAGACUGAGGCCAGGCUGGAAGAGCAGCGGGAUAGGGUCCACCAAACCACCUCCCCCAACGCGAACCUCAACCUAGUCCUUCAGAGCUUCAAGGUGUGUAAGGCUGAGAUAGCAGUCCGCCAGCUCACAGUGGACUAUGUCAACCAGUCGGAGUUGCAGACGAGCAGAGGGAGAUAUGAACACCCAGAUUAUGCUGAUGAGCUGGGCGGUCUUAACCACCGCUGGCUCAGUCUACAGGGCACCCUCAACAACCAGAUCCAGGAUGUUGAACAGGAGCUGAGGAUGUGCACAGAGAGAGAGGUCAGACUGCAGCACCACCACACCUGGCUCACCAGUCAGAGAGAGUGGAUGGGCUCAGCCCAGAGGCCCGUCAGUCACUCUGAGGUGGAGAAGAGCUUAAAAACCUGUGAGGGUCUGGAGGAGAAACUCUGGCUAAAUUAUACAGCUCUUCAAGAGUUGAGAGAGAAACACCACACAGGAAAAGAGGAUGGCACCUGUGCCUUCAUCACUCAGACAGAUGAUGUCAUUAAGGCCUGUACAGCCCUCAGUCAAGAGAACCCAGCUGUGCGACAGAGACUGAAACAGGUAUUGGAGCUGUGGGCUGGGUUUGAGAAAGGACUGAAUGAUGCAACACUGGACACAGUGAAGACCUGCCAGGCUAUGGAAUACAGCUGCUUCCCUCAGCUUUCUCUCCAGGCCCUGCAAGGACUCCAUGAAAAGCUCCAGCUUCUAAGGAAGGAGACUGAGGGGUGUGACUCAGAAUGGGACGGUCUGAUCCACACUCUCUCCAUCCUCAGGGACAUGAUCAGUCCUACGGCCACCUUCCUCAUGUCAGAGCAACUGGAUAGAGAGAGAACGAGGUGGAAUAAGGUGAAUCGUGAGCUGGAGAAUCACCUGAAUAGAAUUCAGACACUGCUCCAGAUCUGGGGGGCUUAUGCCCGUCUCUCUGUACCUUUCUCCCAACGUCUGCAAACACUGAGGGAUGAUGUCACAGCUCUGAUGAACCAGCCACCUGGUCAGGACAACACUACACAACUGGUUGCAGCCCAGAUACAGGCCGUCCAUAGCCUGCAGGAGAGAACAGACAGUUUACAGACCGACCUGGAGGGGGUGCUAGAGGCCUCUAAGGAACUCAGUGGACGAGUGGAACCCUCGUCUGCCGUCUUCAUCCAAUCAGAGAGCCGUAUGCUAACCCGUGGUGUCCUACAUCUGAGCCAGUCACUGGCCGAUAAACUUGGGCAUCUCCAGGAAGAGCAUGAGCAGCUCCAGGAGUUUGAGAGUGUCUUGGCAUCCCUUGAGAAACACCUUGAGGACUGGGAGGGGAGACUGAAAAGUGUAACCGUGCCUCCACAAAUAUAUAUAUCCAAGAUGGGUCUGCUGGAGCUGAGUGGUUUCUCUCCUGACCUUGAUAUACUGAAUGAGCUGAGCUACAGGCUGACCCUCAGUGACCCUGCCACCCACAGACUACAGAGCCUCAACUGGAGCUGGGCUCAGGCCUCGGCCCGCGCUGUGGAGACCUACAGUGAGUUGCAGACAGAGUCACUGAGGCAACAGAGUUUUCAGGAGAAGUGUGAGAACUGGAUGGACUUCCUACAGACGAUGGAGGACAGCCUAGCAGUAGACCUGGCCAGUACCUACAGCGGCCUGAGAGAGCAGCUACGCACACACCAGAGGUUCCAGUUAGAGAUGUCUAUCGGUCAUCAGAUCCUGCACUCUGUCAUCAAUGAUUCUCUACAUCUGCUGCAGAGGGGAGACGUGGAUGAUAGGAGCGACUUUAUCCUGAAGCUGGCCCAGCUGAGGGAGCACUGGCAGGGGGCUGUGCAGAGGGCAGCUCAGAGGAGCUCCCUGGUGGAGGGGCUAGUCAAACACUGGCACCUCUACAGCCGCUACCUCAGGAAGCUCCAGAGGUUCGUAGCAGAUGCCCAGGCCCUCCUGCCCCCCACAGGGCCAGCCCACUGCAGCCUGCAGCAGCUCCGAAGCUCCCUCUACGACAUGAAGCACUUGGAGCUGCUUUUCCAGAGAUACCAGUGCAGCUACAUCCACACUCUGGAGCUGGGCCGUCAGCUCUUCUCCAUGGGGGACGAACAGACUCAGGCACAGCUGCAGACCGAGCUGGCUACCCUGCAGGAGGACUGGGAGAACCUGCAAGGACUGCUGGAAAAGAGAAAGGACAUAACAAACGCUAUCAUUCAGAACUGGGAGCGCUGCGAGGCCAGACUAUCCUAUAGCAUGCAGCAGCUGGACACCAUGCAGACCGGACUGAAGCAGUCGAUCCCAGAACAUGACAAUGAGCUCCAAGUUACAGAGAAACUCACUAAGGAGGCUGAGAACUCACUGGAUGACUGGGCUGAGAGCCUGACUGAACUUGCCACCAUGAAGACGGACCUGUCCCAGUACAUCAUUGCUGACGACGUGCUGCUACUCCAGGAACAGGUGGAGCACCUCCACUGUCAAUGGGAGGAACUCUGCCUCAAGGUCUCCCUACGCAAACAGGAGAUAGCAGACCGUCUCAACGCAUGGAUCAUCUUUAAUGAGAAAAACAAGGAGCUUUGUGAAUGGCUGACGCAGAUGGAAAACAAAGUAGCACACAAUGCCGACAUCAGCAUCGAGGAGAUGGUGGAGAAGCUGAAGAAGGACUGUAUGGAGGAGAUCAACCUCUUCAGUGAAAAUAAAACCCACCUGAAGCUGCUUGGAGAGCAGCUCAUCACCGCUAGCAACAAGACCAAGGAGACCGAGGUCAACGACAAGCUGAAGGACAUCAACGACCGCUGGCAGCACCUGUUUGAUCACAUAGAGACCAGGGUGAGGAAGCUAAAGGAGACUCUGGUGACAGUGCAGCAGCUGGAUAAGAACAUGAGCAACCUGCGGACGUGGCUGUCACGGAUCGAGGCCGAGCUGGCCAAGCCCGUGGUCUACAGCGUCUGCCACAGUGAUGAGAUCCAGAGGAAGCUGGCUGAGCAGCAGGAUUUGCAGCGGGACAUUGAGCAGCACACAGAGGGCGUAGCGUCAGUUCUGACUCUCUGUGAUGUUCUUCUCCACGAUGCUGACGCCUGCGGGAGCGACACAGAGAACGACUCCAUCCAACAGACCACCCGCAGCUUGGACCGUCGCUGGAGGAACAUCUGUGCCAUGUCCAUGGAGAGGAGGAUGAGGAUUGAGGAAACAUGGCGACUGUGGUGUAAGUUCCUGGAUGACUACUCCCGCUUUGAGGACUGGCUGAGGACAGCUGAGCGCACCGCGGCCAACCCUGUCUCGGCGGAUGUCCUCUACACCAGCGCCAAGGAGGAACUCAAGAAGUUUGAGGCUUUCCAGAGGCAGGUCCAUGAGAGGCUGACCCAGCUGGAGCUGGUCAACAAGCAGUAUCGCCGUCUGGCCAGAGAGAACCGCACCGACGCCUCCAGCAAACUCAAGGUCAUGGUUCACGAGGGCAACCAGCGCUGGGACAGCCUGCAGAAGAGGGUGGCCGCCAUUCUCCGUAGACUCAAGCACUUUACCUCUCAGAGGGAAGACUUUGAGGGCACACGGGAGGGUAUCCUGGUCUGGCUCACUGAGAUGGACCUGCAGCUAACCAACGUUGAGCACUUCUCAGAGAGCGACAUCGAGGACAAGAUGAGGCAGCUCAAUGGCUUCCAGCAGGAGAUCACUCUGAACACCAAUAAGAUCGAUGCUCUGAUCGUGUUUGGGGAGAACCUGAUCCAGAAGAGUGCUCCUCUGGACGCCGUGCUGAUAGAGGAUGAGCUGGAGGAGCUGCACUCCUACUGCCAGGAGGUGUUUGGCAGAGUGGCCCGCUUCCACCACCGCCUCAUCAACAGACGCCCGGUUCUGGAGGAGGAGCGGGACCUGUCUGACCGCGACACAGAUCUGGAGGAGUCAGCGGAGCUGGCUGGAAGUUCCUGGGGGGAGGAAGACGAAGAGGAAAAGGAGGAGGAUGAGUCCCGAGUGACGGGCGAGUUAUUGGGACGACAGGCCGGGUGCCGUCUCUUGGCCCCCCCUCUGGAGUGUUCGGGGCGAGAGACCCCGGUCAGCGUGGACUCUAUCCCCCUGGAGUGGGACCACACUGUGGACGUGGGGGGAUCUUCAUCCCAUGAGGAUGAGGAGGAUGCUACCUACUAUAGCGCCAUGUCAGAUGUAGAAAUCACUGAGAGCUCAGAGUCCUUUGUUAAGGCAACUGCCAAAGCAUUGAGAGCAGUCUCGGUGAAGUCGGUGACAGACCCCCCCAGCUGGCACUCCCCUGAGCCACAGGAGAGGAAACAUGUUCCCAGGGACAUCAUCCUGGGCCUGGGCUCCUCUCCCACCCACAUCACCAGCACCCCCUUUCACCAGCAGGGCUAUGUCAAGCUGAUGUCAGAGUGCAGUGGCAGUAUCGACAGUGUGAAGAGGGUCAAACUGAUCUUAAAUGACGAGGAGCUGGAGGACCAAGGCCUCACCACGUUAACCACCGCAGACAAACAGACUGGUGUGAUCGAGCGCUGGGAGCUGCUGCAGGCCCAGGCCCUCAGUGACGAGCUGUGCAUCAAACAGGACCUGCAGCAGUGGCAGAAGCUGAACUCUGACCUCAAUGAGAUCACUUCCUGGCUGGGCCAUGUGCUGCCGGAGCUAGAGAGGCUGCAGAGGCUGGCCCCGGCUACCAGCAUCCGAGACAUGGAGGGCAACAUCAGGAGACUCAAGGAGAUGCAGAAGACGUUCAACAGCUACAAGUCUCUGAUGAUCUCCAUCAACCUGAGUGGGCAGGACUUCCAGUGUGGGGACAGCGCUGAGCUGCAGGAGCUGCAGGAGGGCCUGAGGACAGCCAAUCACAGCUGGACACAGGCCUGCGUCGGCCUGGAGAGCUGGGAAGAACGACUGCAGAGCGCACUCAUGCAGUGCCAGGAGUUCCAUGAGACGCUGCACUCCAUGUUGCUGUGGCUGGCCAGGUCUGAGAGCACACACUACGCCGUCAACAUCCAUGACCGGUUUGCACAGCACUCUGUCCUGCUGGAGCACAGAGACACACUCAUGGCCCUGGAAGAAGAGUUGCAUGGGCGCCAGCGGCAGGUCUCCUCCCUUCAGGAGAUCUCCUCCCAGCUCCUCCUGGAGGCCACGGCCGAGGACAGCGUCGAGGCAAAGGAGAAGGUCCACGUUAUCGGCAACAAGCUCCGACUCCUACUGCGCCAGGUGGCCAAUGACCUGCACAUCCUGCAAGGCAGGCUGGAAUCGUGUCCAACCAGCUCUGAGAUGGAUAGUGUUGCUCCGGGAUCGCUCAGCUCUCAACUCCAGCUGCAGAAGGAGAAAGCUGGAAUGAGAGCUGCAGGACUCCAAGACGCAGGCUGCAGAAAGGAGGAGAAGGGGGACUCUUCCUCAGCUCGGCCAUUCUUCUACAGAGUACUGCGUGCUGCCUUCCCCCUCCACCUGCUCUUCCUGCUGCUGCUGGUGCUGGCUUGCCUGGUGCCUCUGUCUGAAGAGGACUACAGCUGUGCCCUGUCCAACAACUUUGCCCGCUCCUUCUACCCCAUGCUGCGCUACACCAACGGCCCCCCGCCCACAUGAGACAGCAACAACACCCACUCCCCUAACACUCACCCCCCUGCCCCCGUCUUUUAAAGUCACCCAUCCACCACUGUCGGAAACGGCCCGAAAAACAGAGACUGGAGCCAAGCGUUCUGUUUCUCCACUCCAAAUAGUUUUUUUUUUUUUAAGUUGUCUAAAGUUAAAUUUAAUUUAGGUAUUUAUGUAUACAUAUUUAUAUUUAAUAUAUGUUGAGCGCUCAUGAAGUUAUGUGGCUCUGAAAAUAAGAAAAUAAGCCAUAUCAUUGGUUUGAAGUAAACAUUUUUAUAUGUAGUGAAGAUGUUGAUUAUUAUCCCCAUUGAGUUGUUUUCCACAUACAAAAAAAUAUUUUAAAGUUAUUUUGAUAGCUUUGUUUUUAUCAUUGCAGAUACUGUAUACUCAUAAUGGCAAACUGCAGUUGCUACCAAAGGAUCAGAGUACUGAAGAUAUUGAUCAUUACUGUUUCUACCAUUUUACUUAGGACAACCAAUUGUGGAUAGCACCUUUUUGUACAUAUCGACUGAAAACAAUUUUGUUUUUGGCUAUUUGAUUUAGAAUCAUGUACACUGUGAUAUGUCAUUUUCACUGAAUUAUGGUAGCGAAUCAACUGCAAACAUGCCUUGUUGUAGUCAGUGCUUUAGAAAAUGUUUUUUGCUUAAAAAUAUUUUAUUUACACUAGUGUACCUAUGAUUUUGUGUGUAUGAGUGCAUUUGUACAUAAUGGCAAACUACAGACAAAGCAAUGGUAAAUUAUUGACAAUGUGUGUGUGCAUAUGUGAGUGAGUAACCCUAUCUCCCACAGAGGCCUUGUGUGAUUGUGGGCCACCCUGGGCUGAUGGGGGACAUAGAGUGCGGCUUACAAAUCGUUUUAGCACCGGAGAACUAAAUCAACAAUGUUUGGAUGUACCCAUCUGGAAGCUGCUCUGUUACAAUAUUCAAACGCAGGAAAGAAAAGUGUGAGUAAAAUCUGAUGCUGUCAUAGCUGUAGAAUACCGUAUAUGAAUAUAUAGGUGACAUGAACCUGGACCAGUCAGUGAGCGAUUAAUGUUGCGGUGUACAUGCAGAAUCAAAGAGUACGUAUAGACUCGAAGGUUUCCUGUCCGUAUGCUUUGGCUUUCUUCACAAAGAAGGCUUACUCAUGUGUAAAAAAUUACAGUCAAGCUGGAGCUGAUUAGAGAACAGUUAAUUUACCUAGCUCCAUUAUUAGUGUACAUAGUCAAGUCACUUUGUACUGCUCUGUUGUAGUACAAUGAAACAAAGAAAACAAUGGUGUACAGUUGAAUACAUUUUUUAAUGCUUAUUUAUGGAUGAUGAAUAGCUUGAAUUCAUUUUUACUUGACAAUAAACAUUGUUUGCCAUAA